AUGUCUAUCCCAACAAACCCAAUGAAGCCGGCCCAGAGCUCGAUCCGUUCGUUCUUCCAGCCAAAAGCGCCAAAAUACGCACCUCCCCCUUCACAAGCUCCCGCACGAGCACCGCCUGCUGCAGAGGAUUCCACCGACACCAAUGGCUCUCUCCCAGAACCAGCCGCCCCUCCCCCAACAGAGCCUGCCUCCACCAUCACCGCCUCUGAUCUGCCCCGCGAAGCCAACAUCCGCCCCAUCACAAGUGCCGAUAUCAAUGCCUUGCGACGGAUAAACAGUCUCCUGCUACAGGUCCCCUACAGCGACCUCUUCUACGACCGUGCCGCCGACGAAGGGGGAGAGGGCCGCUUCUCCAGAGCCAUCACGUGGACCCACGAAGGCGAACAACCACAGGUCGUAGGCGGGGUCGUGUGCCGCAUAGAACCCGUCUCGGCACAUACUUCAGAUCAAUCACUGUACAUCCAGUCCCUGGUCCUCCUGUCGCCCUACCGCUCUCUCGGGCUCAUCACCGCGGCCAUCAACCAGAUUAUCCAAGCCGCCUUGGCCGAGCCCGAGCUCAACGUGAAGUACGUGUCCGCGCACGUGUGGACGGAGAACGAGGAAGGGCUGCAGUGGUACGACAGCCGCGGCUUCAAGAGGAACGCGAACCCCGUGAAGGGGUACUACAUCAAGCUGCGCCCCGACUCGGCCUGGUUUGUCAAGCGUGACUUGGCCGCUAUCCCGGCAUCAGCUGCUGCCGACGGCGGCCAGCAGUCUGUCGAGGCCAGCGCAACUGCUGCCGUUGUCAACCUUCCACCGAUGGGCGGGUCUCCCAGGCCUGAGCCGGCCAGCAGAACUGCGUCCGGGCAAUCCUUCCAGACUAGACGGGCCGAGACGGAGUGGAAUGACCUCCCCGCGGAUAUGGCCAAUGGGCUGGUCCCGCCCAGGAGAGGCGCCCCAGGAGAGGCAUCUGGCCAUAGUUCCCGCAGCAGCUCCACCCAGAGGAAGAAAAGAGAUAGAUCUUACCCUGCCGCAGCAUUUGGAAGCUAG